CGUCACACGGCGGACUCCAGAAGAGAGCGCGAGAAAAAGCGGAGGACAACAAGCGGCCUCGUUUUCUUCUUCCCCUUUUUCGGCCUCUUCCUCCGGCACCGGCCAAUGUUCAUUUGUCCGGACUCCCAGCUCGGAAGUCGCAGCCGGCCGAGCCAGCGGCCAUGCUGGAGGAGAACCGCGGCUACGGGCUGUCCGCCGGCGGCUCGCUGGCGAACGUCUCCGUGUUUCACCUCAAACUAACUGACAGCGCGGCGUCAGCCAUUAGCAGCCUCCGCCGCCAAUACGACAAGACUUCAUUGGCUCCUCCCACCAUCUGUUUCAAUGGAAACCAAGGGAAAAUCACAAUUCCCUGCUCCGAGAGCGGCGGCGACGCCAGGGUCUUCACGUUCGGCGUCACCAAUGUCGCCCGCGACAAUCCGCAGGGCAGCUUCGACUGCAUCCAGCAACUCGGCUGCGGCUCGGCGCAAGAGUUGUCGUGUCUGGGCGUGAUCCAGAAGAAGAUGACGGUGAGGGCCACGGACGACUCGUACGACAAAGCCCUGCAGAGCAUGGCGCAGGCCGAGGAGGAGAACCGCAGCCGCGGGGCCAUCGUCAUCAAGCAGGGCGGACGCUUCAAGCAAGGAAAAAAGGUGACGGUGCGAGCCCCGGCCCCAGCGCUGGCCAGCCUGGGCAAACCCCGUCGGGCGGCCAAGACCACCACCCUUCCAGGCGGCUGCGGGAAAGCGCCCGCCGUCGCGUCCAAGGGCAGGAAAGGCGUCGGCGCGUCCAACGGGAGGUGCGACGUGCACCAGCGGUCCAUCAGGGAGAGGGUGACGCACCUGCUGGCCCUCAGGCCCUACCGGAAGCCGGAACUCAUGUUGAGGCUGCAGAAGGACGGACUGACACCGCCUGAUAAAAACAUGCUGGACUCCGUGCUCAGUGAUGUGGGACAUCUUAACAGCAGGGACAACACGUUGGUGUUGAAGGACGGCCUGUACAAGGACCUGCAGAAGGACUGGCCCGGAUACACGUCGGGAGACCAGCAGCUCCUCAAAAGAAUCCUCGUCAGGAGAUUGUUCCAGCCUCAACAAAACCUCCUCGCCGUUCCCGAGGCCCAGGUCAGCCCGCUGCGGGACACGCCCAACUCGUCGCCGGCGCACCGCCCCAAACCCGCCCUGGCCGAGGAGUAUACGGACCCCCUGGUCAGCAAGAAGACCAGGAUAUCGCACUUGACCCGCAAAGCCGCGUCGACGCCGGGCAAAGACGGCCGUUCCGCGGGCUCGCUGGACCCGCGGAGGCUUCUGGACUCCUUGUCGACGGCCUGCGGACAGAAAGACGCUCAGGAGACGACCGCGCCGGCGGCUGACGGGGACAGAAACACCGUCAAAAGGAAAAAGACCAAACACAGAGAGCAGAAGGAGGAGAAGAAGAGAGGUGGCAAAGAAAGGAAAACGGAGACCAGUACUGCCGAUCCAACCGCUCAAGUCGCUGCGGACCCGACAGAAGCCGCUUUUGUGACGUUAGACGCCGAUGAGCGACAAGCAGCCGAGCGGAGCUCUGAUUAUUUAACGGCGUACACGGAGAUCAGCACUCCCGCCCAGCGCCAGCGCUACAAGGAGGAGUUCAACAAGGAGUACAGCGAGUACCGAGACCUCCACGCCCGCAUCGAUCGCGUCACGCAACAGUUCGUGGAGCUCGACACGCAGCUUAAGCAGCUACACCACGACUCGCCCAAGUACAAGACUAUUCACAAUAAGAUCGUCCAGGAUUAUCGGCAAAUAAAAAAGUCCAACCCGAACUGCAGCCAGGACCGCAUCCGCUGUCAGUACCUGCACAAUAAGCUGGCUCACAUCAAGAAACUCAUAUCCACGUUCGACCAGCGGCAACUGGAGCAGCUUUCCGCCCCCAACUGAGGAGGGGGAAAAUCUCAACACUCCAACCGUCGCGCUAACAAGAGCGCCGGAAAACUCUGGUCUUGCCGUCGGAUCGGUCACGGGUCGGCGGCGACGGUGAAGCGCACCGACCGGUUUGCCGUGCGUCGAUCGGUACCGUCGAGGUCGUACGGAGCAGCCGUCACAAGCUUUGAAGCGCGUUGAGUGACGGCACUACGAUGACCAAAAAAAAAAAAAAGAAAUCUAGAUAUCAUUUUUGCGGCAGUAUUUUUCUUGCCCAUCUUCACACUGAGAAGAAUCUUCUGCAGAUUUUUUUUUUUUUUUUUUCCCGCUCCUUGGUGGGGAAAAAAAAGCCUAUCAGUGUCCUUCGUAUUUAAGGUACAGCCGUCCAGUUAUGUUCAUUUAAGUGUCGGAAUCUGUAUUCAGGGAUUUUUUUUUUUUUUUUUUUUUAAUUUUUCCAAUGUGUUGCCGGAAGUUAAAAGACUAUAGUGUUGAAAACAUGUUGCAUGCUACGUUUUACUCCAGGGGUCCCCAACCCCAGCCCCGCGGACCGGUACAAGUCCCUGCAGCAUUUGAUAGCGGUCUGCAAACCAAAUAUUUCAUGGUUUAUUUAAUUUUUUUUUUUAAUUCAAGCUUUUGAUCUUAUUUUGAAAAAUAUUCAACCCUCGCCUCACUGCUGCACUAUUACAUCUAUUGACAUAUUAGCUAACUGCAAUUACUGUAUCGUCUUAAGCUAACUACAAGCUAGCACUUGAAAAAAAAAAAAAAACGAGUCAAAAACAAAACGCACUGGAGAGAUUUUUCGGGGGGAAUCGAGCAAAUGAGGCCAAAAAUGUGUCGCGGACUACUAGCAAAACAAAACUUUUGUUUAAAAGAAAAUAUCGAGAUUCCUAAAUAAAUUACGGGUUCAUCGCAACAGGUGAACACGAGCCACACCCACUAUGUAUUUGCGGUGCGGUCCGCGGAAACACUUUCAUACUUUGGGGACCCCUGUUUUGCAUAACUCGUGCUCGCCAAUGAGUUUUAUUUUUGUACAUUUGUCAUUUUCGUUCACUUUCAUUGCAUCAGUUAUAAUACAAUGGUUGGAUAGCAAACGAAAACAAAACAAAGACAUACAAAAUCAGUCUCGUGAAUAAAUUGCUAUUUGACUGUA